AUGAGACACAGAGGCACAGCUCUGACAUUCCGCCAAAAAUUUAGUGGAAAGAAAAGGCUCUUUCUUUCUCUCGCGGAGCUUUCACCUUCCUUCUCAAGUUUCCUUGCUCUAAAGGCAAUGGCGUGGCUUCCUCUGUGGUUGACGGUGGCUCUGCUAAUCUCACCCGCCCGUUCCCUCACCUGCAAAUCCCAGAGUUUCACCAACAACAGGCUCUACUCCAACUGCCUCGACCUCCCUACCCUCAGCUCCUACCUCCACUGGACCUACGAUUCGUCCAAUUCAUCCCUUACCCUCGCCUUCGUGGCGCCUCCGGCCAAAUCCAACGGCUGGAUCGCCUGGGGUCUGAAUCCGACGGGGACGGGCAUGGCGGGGGCCCAGUCCCUGCUGGCCAUGAGGACAUCGGACGGCGCGGUGGUUGUCAAGACCUACAACAUCAGCUCCUACAGCGACGUCGUGGAGACGCCAAAGCUCUCCCUGGAGGUGUGGGACCAGAGCGCCGAGUACUCCGGCGGCGACUUGAGGAUCUUCGCGAAGAUGAAGGUACCGAAGAAGGCCUCGUCUGUCAACUACAUAUGGCAGGUGGGGUCCUCCGUCACCGACGGCAGGCCUGUCAAGCACGAGUUUCAGCCCCCAAAUCUCAACGCCAAAGGAACUCUUAGCUUGACCGGCUCUCAGACUGGGACUACUACCACCGCCGGUUCUGGUGUGGGCUCCAGGACCAAGAGGAAGAAUAUUCACGGCAUAUUGAACGCUAUAAGCUGGGGAAUUCUGUUUCCACUGGGAGCAGUCAUAGCCAGGUACGCAAGGAGUUUUGAGUCCGCCGAUCCGGCAUGGUUUUACCUUCAUGUGUUCUGUCAGAUAUCCGCUUAUGCCAUCGGAGUCGCCGGCUGGGCAACCGGAUUGAAGCUCGGAAGCGAGUCGAAAGGCAUCCAAUGGUCCAGCCACCGCAAUAUCGGCAUUGCCCUCUUCAGCCUCGCAACUGUGCAGAUUUUUGCGCUUUUCUUAAGGCCAAAGAAGGAGCACAAGUACAGAUUCUACUGGAACAUAUACCACCACGGCCUCGGGUACGCCAUAAUUGUGCUUGGCGUUCUAAACGUUUUCAAAGGACUUAACAUUCUAAAACCUGCGGAGAAGUGGAAAUCUGCUUACAUAAUAGCCAUAGGGGCGUUGGGUGGAAUUGCCUUGAUUUUGGAAGCAGUUACUUGGGUUGUAGUGUUGAGAAGGAAGAAGUCAAACAAGUCCACUAAGCCCUGUGAUGGGUUCAACAAUGGUCAAGCCACGCAACGACCCCUAGCUAUAUGAUUUUUGGAUCCGUGAAUUAAAUUGACUUUUGUAAUAUUCUUAUCUCUCUGUUAUUUUAGACCUUUAUCUAUGUCAUUCCUUUUUCUAUUUCUUUUUUUUUUCCCGUUGUUUGAUCCACCUAUAUUCUUCUGUAUAAUGGCUCGAGUGUUCAUUCGGAUGUUUGUUAGGACAAUAUAUACACACGGAUUGUCAGAUCUCAGUUUGUCUA